UCCCGAUUAAUGUUGAAAACUUUUUUUGAGUGCUGCAGCCUCGUGACCAAAGUAAAAAGUCAGUUUUUUGCGUUUUUUGCAAUUAUUUAUUGUUGAUUUCCAUUUGUAGGUAUAGCAUCAAACAAAGUGGAAAUCAUCGAAAUGGAAGCCAAACCAGUUCCGAGCAUCAACGUGUUGCCAAACGAAAUUUUGGUAAUGAUUCUCCGCCGGAUGCCAUUUGAGGACCGGCUGCGGAUGUCCGCCACUUGUCGGCGCUUGAAUCAGCUGCUUUUCACCUUUUUCGACGACGAAGUUGAGCUGAAGCUGAACGAGGAUGUGACGUACCGGUUUCCGAUCGGAAAACUGUCAGAUCGUGUGUACCGGAACAUUGCCGUGGUUUGGAACAAGAAGCACAAGAUCUCGAAAUGGUUGCCAAUCGUUGAGGGAUUCGCACACAAGCUGGACUCGUUUAACAUCAACAUCGUAUCGACGGAUCGGUUGGCUCUAUCUCAGUGGAAUCCACCAGCUGCUUCGAUGGUCCAACUUGGCCAGAUUCUAAACAAACUCAAAGCGUUGAAGAACUUUGCGAUCGCCACGACAACCAGAACCUUUCUUGCGGUUUCGGAAGCCAUAUACGGUUUGACCAACCUGGAAGAGCUAAUGGUCAAGAUUUACUUGGACUGUUUCCCGUUCCCUUACUCUAAUUUAAACGGAUUGAGCCGUUUGCCCGAACUGCAAACGGUGUCCAUUUCAAGCUUCGAACACUUCUAUCUACCGGAUGGACACUCGCUGAUACCGGCUGUGCAAGUCGAAGAUCUGUAUCUGGACGAAAACUUGGAUCCAUUCGACUUUCGUCUCCUAGCUCAGCUGUUCCCGUGUUUGAAGCUUUUGGAUGUUCGCGAAAUCGAAAUGACCGACCAGAAGCUGCAAGCGCCCAUUUCCGCCUGGCCAAACCUGGAAGUUCUUAUUUUGGGUCUUUGCCCCGAACUUUUGGAAACCUUCAAACCGCAAAUUCUGCACCAACUGCCCAAAUUGCGCAAGCUUGCCCUGUUGGACAUCGCCGAGGACCCACUGCUGCAAUCCUGUUACUUGAGCGGACCUCCCGACAGUCCAAAGGCAAACUAUUCGCUGCUGGAAAGCGUCCUCCGGAUCCCCACGCUGGAGGAGAUCCACAUCGACGACAGGGGAGAACUAGGGCUGCAGUGGACGGGCACGAUUCCAACGGCCGUGCCGUCCUGUCGGCUGUACAUCAACGGCGAGUUCGUGCCCAGAGCGAACGAGCAGGAACCGAAAGCCUGAAACAGUCAUUAAACUGAUUACACUGCAAAUAACUUGACAAGACAAAUACAUUUUUCUGGGGGUUUAUAAUUUGCCUGUUUCGACUUAA